AUGGAAGAAGAGAAUGAAAAGAGUCAAGGAAACUUAGCUCUCAAACAGUCUUUUAUUGCUCAAGCGGCUCAUGAUAUACGCAGGAAGAUCCAGAAGGUCCCUGGUUUUGCAGAACUACCUCAGGCUCGAAUGAUGGAAAUAGCUAACCAGGCAUAUGUGGCUAGAGAAGAAAAGGAAAGGAGAGAGGAAGAAGAGAAGCAAAAGAGAAAGGAUGUGAAUGAUUCCAGAGAAUGCCCAGGACUAUCUAAAGCCUUGGAAAUGCAUUUCCUUACUACUGUGUAUGCUUUGGAGUUCAUAUUUGGCAUCAUUGGUAACAGCAUUGUUGUUUUCGGACACAUUUUCUGCUUCAAAACCUGGAAAAGUGGAAACAUCUAUCUGUUCAAUUUAACACUGUCAGACUUUGCAUUCCUAUGCACACUUCCAAUACUGGUGUCAAGUUACUCCAAAGGAACAUGGACCUAUGACAUUACUUGGUGUCAAGCCAAUAGGUUCCUCCUUCAUGCCAAUUUAUACACAAGCAUCCUUUUCCUUUCCUUCAUCAGCUUUGAUAGAUAUCUGCUCAUGAAGUAUCCUUUCAGAAAUCAUUUUCUGCAGAAGAGAAGCACGGCCACAGUUUUCUCAAUUGUGGUAUGGGUCCUGGUCAUACUAGAAUUGUCACCCAUGUUCAUCUUCAUUUCAGUUCAGAAUAAAGAGUGCGCAGAUUAUGCAAGCUCUGGAAAGCCUGUUGGAAGCCUAAUUUACAGUAUGAUCUUGACAAUUGUUGGUUUUUUAGUCCCUCUAUAUGUCAUGUGGUUUUUUUAUAUGAAGACCCAUACCUUCCUCAAAAGCCACAGUUCACAAUUCUCUGGUGGCCUGACAUAUGAAAAACCUCUCACCUUAAUCAUCAUGGCUGUGGCUGUCUUUUCACUGCUCUUUACUCCCUACCACAUCAUGCGCAAUAUCAGGAUUGCCUCUCGGAUGGAAUUUUGGAAGCUCUCCCCCUGCGCAAUGGACAUUAUCAACGUUAUUUACAUUUUUACAAGGCCAGUUGCCUUUCUUAACAGUGUCAUUAACCCCCUCUUUUAUUUCUUAAUGGGGGACCACUUCAGAGAGAUGUUGAUGAAAAAAGUACGGCAUUUCUUUAAAAAGUUUACAAUUUGCUGUGAAAGUAGCUUUGAGACUGAAGGGAGCCAUACAGAAGAUUAA